UUCCUCCAUCGGUCGGCAAGUCGGCAUCGCUGCAAAAUAAUUUUCCACUUUUCGUAGGAAAAUCCCUUCACGAGCAGUAAAAACCAUUCGCUUUGUAAAACAGCUCUACCCGCUUCCGUUGUCAUCGUCGUCAAAGCAACAUGGUUCGUACCGGAAUGAUGCGCGGUGGCCGAGGCGGAAUGGGAAUGGGAAUGCGCGGCAUGCGGGGAGCCCCCUUCAUGCACAAGAAAACCUUCCUGCCGCGCCAUCCGUUUGAUUUGACGCUGGCUGAGCCGGCUUUCCCCCGGGUUGCCGCACCGCCGGAUGAUUCCGUCCUGACCAAUGCCCUGCUCAAGCGCAGUCAGGACCUAACCCCCUCGCAGCAGGAACAGACGGCAAUUUCCAACCUGGUUACCAAGGUGCAGGCCGUUUUGGAUAAUCUGGUCAUUGCCCCGGGGGAUUUCAACAAAUGCCAGCUGGAUGAAGUGCGGCAGGUAGGUUCCUACAAGAAGGGCACCAUGAUGGCGGGUCACAAUGUGGCCGAUAUUGUCAUCAUCCUGAAGACGCUCCCGACAAAGGACAUGGCCGAGGCCCUCGGCAAGAAGGUUGAAGAAGACAUCCAAAAGUCAAUGCAAACGGAGGUGGUUCCGAAGGCAGAAGCCAUUGCUCUGGAGUACAACGAUAAGGGUUUCGAAAUUUGGAACUCACUGGCUCGCGUUCGCUGCCUGAUCGCCACAUUGCCACAGAAUAUCCGCAAACUGGACGCCGAGAAGCAUCUGGAUUUCAAAGUGGUCCAGAGCCAUUUGGCUUCCAUCCGCCAUGCCCGUUGGUUCGAGGAAAAUGCUCACCAUUCCACCAUCAAGGUGCUAAUUCGCAUUCUGAAGGAUCUGUCCAACCGGUUCGAAGGUUUUGGACCAUUGAACCCGUGGAUCUGCGACCUGCUGGCCCAUUCGGCCAUCAUGAACAACCCCAGUCGCCAGGCGCUUCCAGUCAACUUAGCCUUCCGGAGGAUAUUCCAGCUGUUGGCCUCUGGGUUGUUCGUUCCUGGAUCUGCCGGAAUCAAUGAUCCGUGCGAAGUGGGACACAUUCGAGUGCACACUUCCAUGAACUUGGUACAGCAGGACGAGUGCUGUAUGACGGCCCAGACACUGGUCCGAGUUCUUGCCCACGGGGGAUACAAACACAUCCUCGGAUUCGUCGAGAACACCACCGUGGCGAAGGAAAUGUCCGUGUGGGAUGGGGUCGUCGUUUCCCCAAUGGAACCGGCCUACGAGAAGCCAACGGAGAAGAAAGACGGCGAGGAGGAGGACAUGGAAUGUGUCGAAGAAUCGGCCAUGGAGGAGGAUAACGGUGAGUAGAUGAUUAGUCUACUUUUCUCAAGUAUCGAAGGAAAUCUGCAUUUUUUGUAAGUUCCGAAUUUGCUCGCGGAAUCAUUCUCUCAUUCAGGAGUAGCUCAGUUUUAUUGCCUGAUCGAAAACACUACUCAUAACUUAUCUAUAAUAAACCAACUAAGUGUGAACUAGAAUA